AUGGGUGAGACUGUGAGAAUGGGUGAUCGGCCGACUCCCGUCCCGCUGCCCAACUCAGAACAAUUCUUCUUGGACAGUGACCAGGGCAGCAACUACAUUGUCGACGGAAAUGCAUUAUUCUUAACCGCGACGGAGGUGGCUUGGCGCCGAGCAGCUUCAUCCCACUUUGCUGGCGGGGGCCUCAUUGUCGCCAUCGGUUACCCCGUGGCUGGCAAGCUGUACGAUGCUAAACGCCGGAGUCUUGACCUGACACCACCCACCGAAAGCCCGAUUCCAGGGGCUGGUGGUGCGGAUGCAUUCCUGGGUUUCAUCGAAAAGUCCGUCCGGCCCGCUAUCAAAGCCCGAUUUCCGAGGGCAACGUUCUCCCGUGAAGCGCUGUAUGGCCACUCGUACGGGGGAUUGUUUGCCCUGCACGCUCUCUUCACCCGCCCCCACGCAUUCGAUUGUUACAUUGCCAGUAGUCCUUCGAUAUGGUGGAAUAGCCGCUGCAUCCUACGCUCGGCUCAAGUCUUCUUAGAUAACGCCAAGCCCUUGGAUGGGAAAUUACCGUCGCUUGUCGUGUCGUGGGGGUCCUGGGAGCAGAAUCCGCCUCAGUGGAAUGAUGAGCCGCUGGAUCAUUACGAGGGCCGGAAGCAAAUUGCCUCGGAUUUGCGAAUGGGGGACAAUGCGUUGGACCUCGUCAAAAUGCUAUACGGAUGUAAUCGACUGCACAAAAUGCAGGUGAAGGAAUAUGAGGGGGAAGAACACACAAGCGUCAUGGCUUGCUCAAUAAGCCGAGGCUUAACUGUGUUCUUCGAGGAUUGGCCACUACAUUAG